AUGGAAUACCACAUGCAGUACAACCCCCAGGACCCUAUAAACGCCGAAAAGAAGGCGUUCAUGGGUCAGGGCUACAUUGACAAGGCCGUUUUGAAGAAAAAGAAAAACUACCUCAUCCUCCUGUCCGUCUCAGCCAUCUGCAUAUUCGUGUGCUCCGCAUUUUACUUCACGAGACCCGCAAAAAGGGAUGGAUCAUUUACGUACCAAAUUACGGACAAAGUAGACGAUGAUUACAUAAUAAAUUAUUUGCUAAAGAGUAAAAAUGGAAAAAAAUUUAUCGCAUCCAAAGUACAGGAGUUAAUAUCGACGUAUGACCAGAAGGACAACAACUCCCCCUCUCUACAUGGAUCCACAUAUAAACGUUUUGCAAAGAGGGACAAAUGCACAGGAAAUAAAUGCAGUGUUAGUCCGUAUAGGAAGAAUGCAGAUGAGGUAGAGAUUGUAUCCCAAGCGAAUAUAGUGAACCCUCUCAUUGACACCAAAUUUUUGAUGACCAACUUGGAGACUGAGUACGGGAAGGAAUACAAAACGGCAGAUGAAAUGCAACAGAGGUAUCAAUCCUUUGUAGAAAACUUGGCCAAAAUAAAGGCACACAAUAGUAAGGAGAAUGUCCUAUACAGAAAAGGGAUGAACCGAUUUGGAGACCUCUCUUUUGAAGAAUUUAAGAAAAAAUAUUUGACCCUGAAAAGUUUGGACUUUAAGGCAGAUGGUACGAAAUCACCACGAGUGAGCAAUUAUGACGAUAUUAUACAUAAGUACAAACCGAAAGAUGGGACAUUCGAUUACGUGAAGCAUGACUGGAGAGAGUUAAAUGCGGUAACACGUGUGAAGGACCAACAGAAUUGUGGUGCGUGUUGGGCGUUUAGCACAGUAGGUGUUGUAGAGUCCCAGUACGCAAUUAGAAAAAAAGAGUUAGUGGCCCUAAGUGAACAAGAAAUGGUAGACUGCUCUUUCAAAAACCAUGGCUGUGAUGGAGGUUUCAUCCCAAACGCCUUUGAUGACCUAAUCGAUUUCGGAGGAGUAUGCAAAGAAAAGGAUUACCCCUAUGUCGAUUUAAUUCCAGAACUGUGCGACAUUAACAAAUGCAAAAAUAAGUAUACAAUUACGACCUACGUGGAGAUUCCCCAAGUUCGAUUUAAGGAGGCAAUAAAAUUUUUAGGACCCAUCAGUGUGAGCAUUAAUGCAAAUGACGAUUUUGCUUACUACGAGGGAGGUCUCUUUGAUGGCUCCUGUGGGUUCUUCCCCAACCAUGCUGUCAUCCUUGUUGGCUACGGUAUGGAAGAAAUAUAUGAUGCCAUGACCCGAAAGAAUGAAAAACGCUACUACUAUUGGCUGAAGAAUUCUUGGGGAGAGAAAUGGGGAGAAAAGGGAUAUAUGAAGAUUCAAACGGAUGAGUUCGGAUUAAUGAAGACGUGCUCUCUGGGUGAACAGGCCUACAUUGCUUUAAUUGAUGAAGUUUGA